GUUUGCCUACAGAUACAAUUGGUUCGACUAGCAAUGUAUUAUACAAUAGUGAUGACAACUUAUUUUUCUGGGAAGAAAAAUCUCCAAAAGAAUAGGGGAAAUAGUAUCUAUCCAUUAUGUAACUACUACAUUUCAUUAUGUACAAUGUAUCAGCUUUGUAUUUCCUCUCCUUCCUCAUUACUUAAUAACAUUUCUGAAACGAUGACAUCAGUUUCUACUUUUUAAUCCAUAUUUUGUUUUCUUUGUCCUCAUGCAAUCAAUUUGAGUUGAAAAUGGUAGCUUCUUGUUGAUCAGAACCAGCAAUUUCAUCAUGUACACCCUAGACCUUCUUGUACGAUCUUUUAUGCUCGAUACAAUUUCUACAUAUUGUUAAUGGGUUUUGCAAUUCUUUUCUGCUCUUUUUUGUUGUCCACCUUGAGAAUCUUUACUGCACAAGACACUCUAACCCCAGCUCAAUCCAUGAAGGAUGAUGAGACUCUGGUUUCAGCCGAUGGGAACUUUGAGCUUGGAUUCUUCAGCCAAAAUAAUUCAAGUAGCAGCAGAUAUUUGGGAAUUUGGUAUAGGAAAAUACCGAUCAGGACAGUUGUGUGGGUAGCCAACAGAGAAAACCCAUUUUCAAAUACGUUAGGAGUUCUAAAAGUGAAUGAGCAAGGAUUUCUGAUCCUUCAGAAUAGCACAAAUGGUGUCGUUUGGUCAUCCAAUACAUCAAGCACCCCACAGAAUCCAGUUGCGCAGCUCUUAGAUUCGGGAAAUCUUGUUGUGAAAGAUGGUCAUGGUAGCAACCCGGGGAAUAUAUUAUGGCAGAGUUUUGAUUUUCCAUAUAACACCUUGUUACCGGGCAUGAAAUUAGGAUGGAACCUUGAUUUGGGUUUGGAUAUGUUUCUACAAUCUUGGAGGAGCACAGAUGAUCCAGCUAAGGGUGAUUUUAAGUGCUUGAUAGAUCUUCGAGGGUUUCCUCAGCUUUUCAUUAUGAAGGGAAAUAUAAUACAGUGUCGUAGUGGACCAUGGAAUGGCCUCCAGUUUACAGGGAGUCCUCAGCUGAAACCAAACCCAAUAUUUAAUUUUAUAUUUGUGUCAAAUAAGGAUGAGGUAUAUUAUUCAUACGAGCUCAAAAAUAUUUCAGUUGUUUCGAGGUUAAUAAUAAGUGACAAAGGGGUUCUAGAGCGGCAUAUUUGGAUUGAUCGAACACAGAGUUGGACGCUAUUCUUUGGAGUUCCAACAGAUCAAUGUGACACUUAUGCAUUGUGUGGUCAAUAUGCGAGUUGCAACAUCAAUAACUAUCCUGUAUGUGCAUGCUUGGAAGGGUUUGUACCCAAAUCCCCAACAGCUUGGAGUGCGUCAGAUUGGUCAGAUGGGUGUGUCCGAAGGACUCAACUGAAUUGUCAUAGUGGAGAUGGAUUUCGGAAGCAUACAGAAAUGAAAUUACCAGACACGUCUUCUUCCUGGGUUGAUAAGAGCUUAGGCCUGAAGGAAUGUGAGGAAUUGUGCCUAAGAAAUUGCUCAUGCGUGGCAUACGCAAAUUCAGAUAUUAGAGGCUCAGGCUGUUUAGUUUGGUUUGACGAUCUAAUUGACAUGAGGGAAUUCACUGAAGGUGGACAAGACCUCUAUGUACGGAUGGCUGCUUCAGAGCUAGCUCCUACUGAGGAAAAAAGAACAUCAAAUGAGAAGAGAAAAGUUGCAAUUGUUGUCAGCUGUCUCACUGUGUUUGUGGGAUCGCUAGCAUUAGGAUUGCUCUUGUGCAUACGAAAGCGAAAACUUUUGCAGCAAGGAAUUGCAAAACAGACUGAUCUAGAAGAUUGUGGUGAUGAUGGUGCAGAGGAAGACAUUGAAUUACCUUCCAUUGAUUUAACCACUAUAAAAAAUGCUACUGAUAACUUUUCAAACAACAAUAAACUAGGAGAAGGUGGUUUUGGACCUGUAUACAAGGGUAUAUUGUUGGACGGGCAAGAAAUAGCAGUGAAACGGCUUUCAGAAACAUCUGGACAAGGAGGAAAGGAAUUCAAAAAUGAAGUUAUAUUGAUUGCAAAGCUUCAGCACAGAAAUCUUGUGAAGCUUCUUGGUUGCUGCAUUCAAGGAGAUGAAAAAAUGUUAAUCUAUGAAUACAUGCCCAACAAAAGCUUGGAUUCCUUUAUUUUUGAGCAAACAAGGAGUAAAUUACUUGAUUGGCAUAUGCGCUUCCACAUCAUUGGUGGAAUUGCACGCGGGCUACUUUAUCUUCAUCAAGACUCUAGAUUGAGAAUCAUCCAUAGGGAUCUAAAAGCCAGCAAUGUUUUACUAGACAGUGAUAUGAAUCCAAAAAUUUCAGAUUUUGGCUUGGCUAGGACAUUUGGAAAAGAUCAAAGUGCAGCAAAUACCAAAAGAGUUGUGGGAACAUAUGGUUACAUGUCACCUGAGUAUGCAGUGGAUGGAAUCUUCUCAGUAAAAUCUGAUGUUUUUAGUUUUGGCGUUUUGAUACUAGAAAUAAUUAGUGGAAGGAGAAACCGAGGAUUUUCCCAUUCAGAUCAUGGCCUUAACCUUAUUGGACAUGCAUGGAGACUGUGGAUGGAAGAGAGGGCUAUAGAAUUACUUGAUCCAUCGUUAAGAUACUCUUGUUCUGUACCUCAAGUGCUACGGUGCAUUCAAGUGGGUCUUUUAUGUGUGCAACGAUUACCAGUGGACAGGCCAGAUAUGUCAGCAGUAGUUGUAAUGUUGGGGAGUGAGAUUUCUCUGCCUCAGCCAAAGCAGCCUGGUUUUUAUAAUGAAAGAAAUCCAUUUGAAGCUGAUUCUUCCUCGAGCAAGGAAGGCUUGUGGUCAAGGAAUGAAAUCACAACAUCGAUAGAGCCAAGAUAAAAAUCGACAUCCAAUUAUCUUUUUCCCUCUUUUGUUUUAUUUUUUUUUUUAUUUCAUCUUUUUUAUUUUUUUAAUAUUUGAGAGGAAGAAUUAUUAUUAGUGAGACUUGAAAAUGGGAAAGCUCACUUCUACGAGUUUUUAAAUUCUCAUUUAAUAGCAGUGUAAGGGUCUAAUCUCUUUUUUACCCAUCUAAUCCACUUCCAGAUAAAAAUGUGGUAAUGUUCAUACGCAGCAAUGGUUGACAA